AUCGGCCUCAUAUUUUCAGCCAUGGCUUCCUUCUUCGGACCCUCUAAUCCAAUUCCUCCGUCAUCAUUCGGACCCCCAAGAACCGACCCGUUAACCCGCCGGAAUGACCCGUUAACCCACCGGAAAGUUAGCGUACCCGGAUCCAAACCGGAUUCUUCUUCAAUGGAGGUUGAGAAGCUGAAGGUGAAGGAAGCAAAGGAAAGGAAAGAGGAAACAAACAAAAAGAUAGCUUCACAGAAAGCUGUAUCGAUUAUUCUUCGAAGAGAAGCUGCAAAAGCAGUGAUUGAGUAUAAGAAGAAGAAAGGGAAUUCGAAGAAAUUAUUGCCUCGUACUGUUCUUGAAGCUCUUCAUGAACGUAUUACUGCUUUGCGUUGGGAAUCUGCUCUUAAGGUCUUUGAACUCCUCCAGGAGCAGUUGUGGUACAGGCCCAAUCCGGGCAUUUAUAUCAAAUUAAUUGUCAUGCUUGGAAAAUGUAAGGAACCUGAGAAAGCUCAAUCUUUAUUCGAGAUGAUGGUGGAGGAAGGCUGUGUCGUGAAUCAAGAAGCUUACACUGCUCUUUUGUCCGCCUAUAGCCGUAGUGGUCGCUUUCACGAAGCUUUUUCUAUCCUGGAAGAGAUGAAGAACAUUCCGAACUGCCUCCCCGAUGUCUUCACAUAUAGCAUCCUGAUAAAAUCCUGCCUGCAGGUUUAUGACUUCGACAAAGUGCAAAUCCUGCUUUCCGACAUGGAAUGCAUGGGGAUCAAGGCCAAUACAGUAACAUAUAAUACUCUUAUUGAUUCCUAUGGCAAAGCGAAAAGGUUCAAAGAGAUGGAAUCCACACUUGUAGAAAUGCUGCGGCGAAGAGACUGUAAGCCCGAUGUGUGGACCAUGAACUCAACAUUGAGAGCAUUUGGUGGCAGCGGGCAAAUAGAAAUGAUGGAAAAAUGCUAUGAGAAGUUUCAGAGUGCUGGAAUUGAACCUAGUAUCAAGACAUUCAACAUACUCUUAGAUUCAUACGGGAAAACAGAAAAUUACGAGAAAAUGGGUGCUGUGAUGGAGUUUAUGCAGAAAUAUCAUUUUUCAUGGACCAUAGUUACUUACAAUAUCGUAAUAGAUGCAUUUGGAAGGGCUGGAGAUUUAAAGCAAAUGGAAUUUCUUUUUAGGCUGAUGCAGUCUGAGAGGAUAAAACCAAACUGUGUUACUCUUUGUUCUCUUGUAAGAGCUUAUGGGAAAGCUGGUAAAGCUGAAAAACUUGGAGCUGUUUUGCGGUUUAUUGAGAAUUCUGACGUGGCACUUGACACCGUGUUUUUUAACUGCCUAGUGGAUGCAUAUGGGAUGAUGGGAUGCUUCACAGAGUUGAAAGGGGUGCUCGAGAUGAUGGAACAAAGUGGAUGUAAGCCAGAUAAGAUAACAUACAGAAGUAUGAUUAAAGCAUAUUCAAUAAAUGGAAUGACUAACAAAGCAUCAGAGCUCCGAAACCUACUUGCCUCGUUGGAGAAGGCACGAUAGCUUCAUAGUUCAAAGACUAGCAAUAGCAAUGAGCCAAAAUGUGAUUCUGUGCAUCACGAGUUCUUUGGUCAGAUAACUUCUGAGCCACUGUUGUAAGUGGCUUCAGAAAUGGUUGAAAGACAUUGUUCUUGGUGGCCUUAACAUUGAACUGAAUGCUGUC